GACUGCACAUGAAACAUCCCUGGAUACAGAUUCUGUUUCUAAUGUAUUGUUUUCAACAGAGAACAGACUCACUUCCUAAUCCUAAGUCUUAAGUGAGUGAUCCAAAAAACUUUCCCUUUGAAAGCUGAGAAAUCAGCAGAGAAGCCCCCAGUAUACCAUUCUAAAAAGAAGAAAUUCUACCAAAAGAGAAUAUGGGGGAACAUGCCAGUUGGAAAACACUCAGUAUUACAGGCACUGAGUGUUAAUAUUUUUGCUCAGUGUUUAAAUGCUUAUUUAUCUUAAUUUAAUUGAAAAGCAGAGUGGCAAUAACAGGAACAAACUGAGAGAAAUACCUUCUACUUGUGAGUUUAUUCUAACAAUGCCUGCAACAUUUCUUCAGAAUCAGAGUCAUUACAGAAAAGAAUCUGCUACAGAAUAAUAAGGGAUACUCUGUUGUAGUUUUGGAAUUGCAAAAGUAAUGCAGAAUGAGUAUUUUUAUUUUGCUUUUACUCUAUAAUGCCAUAUAGAUUAUAAAUUAAGCUGCAUCCAUAGAUGUUUCAAAUCAAACAUAUGUAGAAGAAUGUACUUUUGGUCUUUCUAUUUCAUGGUGCAGAACUGAGGAGACAUGUGCUGUUGCAGGUGUUGGUGUCGUUUGAAGAUGUGGCUGUGGACAUUACCCAGGAGGAAUGGCAGGACAUGGACAAUACUCAGAGGACCCUGUACAGGGAUGUCAUGCUUGAGACCUAUAGCAAUCUGCUGUCCGUGGGGUACUUCAUAACAAAACCUGAUGUGAUCUUCAAGUUGGAGCAAGAAUUAGUACCAUGGACUGUGGAAAAAUCUGUAAACCAGCAACUUUCAGAUCCUUACAGAAAGAAUGGGCUGCUUAGAACUAAUCAGGAAAAUCAGGAAACCACCUUCAGGAAUCCUGAUGAAAUUUCAAUUUGGAAACAGCAUGCCUCUAAUGCACCUGAGAGCAAACUCCAACGUGGGGAAAAUCUCAUUCAGCAUGACAAGGAGUACACUUGUAAGCAGUCUUUUGAACACAAUGGGAAAGAAAAUACUUGCAGCAGGAAGAUGUUCCUUAAGUGUGAGAAAAUUUGUAUCAAAGACCCAUGUAAUGACCCUCUCAUUGUAGGAGAAACAAUUCAGGUUGAAAAGAAAAUGUUCCAUAGCAAUCCGUAUUUUGGCAUGCAUCAACAAACACACUCAGGAAAGAAAUUUCAUGAACAUUUCAAGAGUGAGAAAUGUCUUAUUAGUAAAAGAGAUCUCAAAGUAAAUCAGAUAACCCAAACAGCGAAAAGUCACUAUAUAUGUCGCUACUGCAAACAGUCUUUUAGCUGUAGCUCUUGGUUUACCACCAAACAGAGAAGUGAGAUAGAAAAUUUCUGUGUUUGCAAUGAUUGUAAAAAAAGCAUUUACCAGAAAUCAGAACUCGCUAGAGAUAAGAUACUUCCCACUGAGGACAAACCAUAUGAAUGCAAUGAACUUUUGAAAUCCUUUUGUGCUCAAUCAGAUCUCAUUAGACAUCAGAGAAUUAUCACAGGGGAAAAACCGUAUAAAUGUAAUGAGUGUGCAAAAACCUUUUCCAAGCCAUCAGUUCUCAUUAAACAUCAGAGAAUUCACACAGGGGAAAAACCUUAUGAUUGUAAUGAAUGUGGGAAAGCUUUUUGUCAAAAGUCAUCCCUAAUCAUACAUCAGAGAACCCACACAGGAGAAAAACCUUAUAAGUGUAGUGAGUGUGGAAAAGCUUUUUGUCGGAAGUCACAUCUAAUCAUGCAUCAGAGAAUCCACACAGGGGAAAAAGCUUAUGAAUGUAGUGAAUGUGGGAAAACCUUUUGUCAGCAGUCAGGUCUUAUUGUACAUCAGAGAAUUCACACAGGGGAAAAACCUUAUAAAUGUAAUGAGUGUGGAAAAACUUUUUGUCACAAGCCAUCCCUAAAUGCACAUCAAAGAAUCCACACAGGGGAAAAAGUUUAUGAAUGUAGUAAGUGUGGGAAAGCCUUUUGCCAGCAGUCAGGCCUCAUUGUACAUCAGAGAAUUCACACAGGGGAAAAGCCUUAUAAAUGUAGUGAAUGUGGAAAAGGUUUUUGUCAUAAAUCAUACCUAAUCACACAUCAGAGAAUUCACACAGGGGAAAAACCAUAUAAAUGUAGUGAAUGUGCAAAAGCUUUUUGUCACAAGUCAUACCUAGUCAUACACCAGAAAAUCCACACAGGAGAAAAAGCUUAUGAAUGUAAUGAGUGUGGAAAAGGCUUUUACCAACAUUCAGGUCUCAUUAAGCAUCAGAGAAUUCAUACAGGGGAAAAACCUUAUAAAUGUAGUGAGUGUGGGAAAGGUUUUUGUCACAAGUCACACCUAAUCACACAUCAGAGAAUUCACACAGGGGAAAAACCUUAUAAAUGUAAUGAGUGUGGAAAACUGUUUUGCACACAGUCAGUUCUCAUUAGACAUCAGAGGAUCCACACAGGGGAAAAACCUUAUAAGUGUAGUGAAUGUGGGAAAGCUUUUUGUCAAAAGUCAUACUUAAUCAUACACCAGAGAAUUCACACAGGAGAAAAACCUUAUAAAUGUAGUGAGUGUGGCAAAGCUUUUUGUCAAAAGUCAUCGCUGAACAUACAUCAGAGAACCCACACAGGGGAAAAACCUUAUGAAUGUGUUGAGUGUGGGAAAGCCUUUUGCCAUAAAUCAGACCUAAUCAAUCAUCAUAGAGUUCACACAAGACAGAAACUUUUUCAAUAUGAAGAGUAUGGAAAAUCUUUUUGCUAGCAGAGCUAUUACAUGAGCAAAUUCUCAUGCCUGAACAAGCGUUGAAAAAUUAGUACACAAAGCAUCAAAUGCAAUAGAAAGCAAAAACUGACAUGGAUUUACAAUGCAGUAGCAUACCCACAGGAAGGAACAAAAAUAGUGCAUUGAC